AUGGGCUUUGUGAAGCAGGGCCUGGUUGCCGAAGUCACGAGGGCUUCCAUCUCCCGAGCCAUCAAGUUCUUCAUGCAGCCCAUUGUGCACAAAAGCCUCUACGGCAAACCCGAGACCAAAGGCACUCCCGUCAGCAAGGGCCUCGCCGGUGCGAUUGGCACCUUUCCAGAGGUUCUUGCGAUCUCGCCGUUGGAGAACAUCAAGCUGGCAGCCCAGCUGGACAAGGAAGGAAAGUUUAGUGGAUCUGCCGACAUCGCGAAGCACAUUUUGAAGACCCGAGGCUUCAACGGUCUGAUGAUUGGCUAUGCCGGCAUGCAGGUGCGGCAGUGCUUAUGGACUGGUGGCUUCUUCCUGACGCUGGACCUCUACAAGGGGUGGGUGAGCAGCGCCGUCUCGAAUAAACUCGCCCAGGAUGUGUUGUCUGGCUUCGCUGCCGGCGCCACCGGAACUGCCAUGAACUGCUGGACCGACGUCUGCCGCUCCAUCGUGCAGAAGAAGGCCUUGGCGGACACCUUCGACCCCUCCAUCCCCAGGCCAAGCAUGCUGGCACCGUACAAUCCCGUUCCCUUCUUCUCGGAG